AUGAAGGCAGAUCAAGACGGUGAGGAUCAGCUGAUAGGCGUGCGUGAAAUUCACCCAAACUAUCUUGCUAUCAGCCCGGAAUUCUGUUCGGAUACUCAACUGUUUUCAAAAUGUGAACUUCUGUUAAAUAUAGUCAAAUAUACCGGCAAGCCAAUAUCUUGUUCGAGUUCAAAGAUGAGGAUGAGUGGUCAAUUCAUUAUUGAAUCAUUGGAAAAUGACUGA